AUGGAAAUUGAAGCCUUGCACAACCAGCUCAGCCGCGUGCUGCAGCAGACGUCUUCUGCAUUCCAGAAAGUGCCUGGCUCCGCUGUCCUUGUUCGGUACAUCCAGUCAAGCUACCAAAAUGACCCCGUGCGAUCUGCCAUUGAAUUGGAGAUUGAUGAAUUGAUUGACGACUGGGCCCCGGAGCCACUUGUUGCCGAGAGGACAGUGCUCGAAGAGACCGAGAGCGACAAGCUCCCUGUGAUCGUCGGUCCGACGGGUCCAAAAGUCAAACUACUGAACGGCCGAACAGUUGUGAACCUGGCUUCAUAUAACUUCUACAACUUCAACGCAAAUGAACAAAUAAAGGAAAAGGCUAUCCAGACCCUGCGAACUUACGGUGUCGGGCCUUGUGGCCCUCCACAAUUCUAUGGUACUCAGGAUGUUCACGUUAAGGCUGAGGCUGAUAUCGCAAACUAUCUUGGUACUGAAGGCUGCAUUGUGUACGCGCAGUCCUUCUCUACUGUAUCGAGUGUCAUUCCGGCCUUUUGCAAGCGUGGCGACGUUAUAAUUGCCGAUGAAGCCGUGAACUAUUCAAUUCGAAAAGGAUUACAGGCUUCUCGAAGUAACAUCAAAUGGUUCAAGCACGGUCAGAUGGAUGAUUUAGAACGGGUAAUGAAAGCGGUCGCUCUUGAACAGGCCAAGGGAAAGAGGCUUACACGGCGAUUCAUUGUCACAGAAGGCCUUUUCGAGACUUGUGGAGAUGUAACGGACCUUCCGAUUCUCGUGGAACUAAAAGAGAGAUACAAAUUUCGCAUCAUCCUUGAUGAAACCUGGUCUUUUGGAGUCCUUGGGCGGACUGGUCGUGGCCUCACUGAAUCCCAGAACGUUGACCCGCAACAGGUCGAUAUGAUUGUCGGGUCUCUCUCCGGACCUUUAUGCGCUGGCGGCGGUUUCUGUGCUGGGGCCAAAGACGUUGUCGAACACCAGCGCAUUACAUCUUCCGCUUACACCUACUCGGCUGCCUUGCCAGCCAUGCUGGCUAUGACAGCUAGUGAGACACUCAGUCUCCUUCAAUCAAAUCCGGAUAUCCUCAGUCAAUGUCGGGAAAAUAUCAAAAUAAUGAAGUUGCAGUUGGACCCGCGCAGCGACUGGAUUGUCUGCACUAGUGCAUUGGAAAACCCAAUCAUGUUACUCGUGCUCAGGCCAGAGGUGAUUAAGGCCAAAAAGCUGAGUAUUGAAGAUCAGGAACGAAUCUUCCUAGACUGUGCCGACGAGUGCUUAACGAACGGAGUUCUUGUUGCGAGACUAAAGACCAGGCCGUAUGCGCAUGCCAUUAAAGCUCGCGAUACCAGUUGGGUUGCUCAGCCUGCCUUGAAGAUUUGCAUCACGUCGGCACUUUCCAAGAAGGAUAUUGAAAAGGCGGGUGCAACAAUACGGCAUGCUAUCACAAAAGUUAUGACACGCAAGACAAGCGGCAAGAUUGGCUAG